AUACACCUCAAUAUUUAUUAUUAUAAAUAAGAAAAAAAAGAGAUAAAAAAGGAAAACGCUCUCUCAAAUAUUGGCUCGCCAGUCGCCUCUCUUUCUCCUUCUUCUUCUUCAUUCUGUUGGCUGCUGCUGCUGCUUUGGUGGCGUGAUUUAGAAGCCACAACUCAAUUUCAUAUAAAGAAAAAAAAAGUGAGAUGGAUCCAGACGCAGUAGCCAAGGCCUUCGUCGAGCACUACUACUCCACAUUCGAUGCCAACCGGGCCGGUUUAGCCAAUCUCUACCAGGAAGGUUCCAUGUUGACCUUCGAAGGUCAAAAGAUCCAGGGCUCUCAGAGCAUCGUCGUUAAACUCACCAGCCUUCCUUUCCAGCAGUGCAAGCACAACAUCACCACCGUCGAUUGCCAGCCUUCCGGCUCCGGCGGCAUGCUCGUCUUCGUCAGCGGUAACCUCCAACUCGUUGGCGAGCAGCAUGCUCUCAAGUUCAGCCAGAUGUUUCAUUUGAUGCCAACGCCACAGGGAAGCUUUUAUGUGUUGAAUGACAUAUUCAGGUUGAACUACGCGUGAAGACGAUGAUUAAUCAAGGGAUGGGAAUACAAUGCCUGAGGAUUUAAAACACGUUUUGCCUAUUUUAGGCUCUAAUGAAAUUUGGAAUUUUGUUUUUUUGGGGGAUGAUUAUGUUUCGUGUUCCAUUAUGGUUUCCAUAUCUCUCCAUAUUUCAGGGACUGAUUGGUUCAGUUGGUCAAAGACGCUAUCCUGUGAAUUGGAUGUUUUGAUUGAGACUUAUUUCAGUUAUUUUCAAAUCAAAUGAAUCAUAGAUAUGUAUAUGCAAUUGUAUGCCCACUGUGAAUGUUUUUUCUGUUUCCUUGUAUUAUUUUCGUUUGAAAGGAUUGAAUCUUGUUCGUGCACAUAA